AUGGAGUUCUUCUAUGUUUCUCUCCUUUCCCUCUUUGUUCUCCUUGUCUCUCUUUCCCUUCACUUCCUGUUCUACAAGAGCAAAUCCGGUGGAACCCUCCCACCAGGAAAAACCGGGUGGCCGGUGGUCGGGGAGAGCCUCGAGUUCCUCUCCACCGGGUGGAAAGGCCACCCGGAGAAGUUCAUCUUUGACCGGAUGGUCAAAUACUCUUCCCAAGUAUUCAGAACAUCUCUCCUCGGCGAGCAGGCCGCAGUUUUCUGCGGUGCUGCAGGGAACAAGUUUUUGUUUUCGAACGAGAAUAAACUUGUGCAGGCCUGGUGGCCCAGCUCGGUCAACAAGGUUUUUCCAUCCUCAACACAAACAUCUUCAAAAGAAGAAGCCAUCAAAAUGAGAAAAAUGCUCCCCAAUUUCUUCAAACCCGAAGCUCUGCAACGAUACAUUGGCAUGAUGGACGUUAUUGCCAAUCGACACUUCGCCUCAAGUUGGGAAAACAAUGACCAAGUCGUAGUAUUCCCCCUGUCCAAGCGAUUCACCUUCUGGCUCGCCUGUCGGGUCUUCGUGAGCAUAGAAGAUCCUAACCACGUCGCCAAAUUCGCAGACCCUUUCGACCUCUUGGCUUCCGGGCUUAUAUCAAUCCCGAUAGACUUGCCUGGAACACCGUUUCACCGUGCAAUCAAGGCCUCGAACUUCAUCAGGAAAGAACUUGUGAGGAUUAUUAAGCAGAGAAAGGUCGAUUUGGCCGAGGGCAAGGCGUCGCCGACGCAAGAUAUAUUGUCACACAUGCUUCUGACAAGCGACGAGAACGGCAAGUUCAUGGCUGAAUUGGAUAUUGCUGAUAAGAUUUUGGGGUUAUUGAUCGGAGGCCAUGACACUGCAAGCUCUGCGUGCUGUUUCAUUGUCAAGUAUCUUGCCGAGUUGCCAGAAGUGUACGAGGGAGUCUACAAGG